UCCAGUGAAUAAAAAUAACAAAAAAUUCUACAAACAAUUUAUAAUUAUGAUAAUGUAGGAAGAAAUAUCCUCUGGGUUCUGCUCUAAGUGGGGAAAAGACACUGGAAACAUGGAGACUGCUUGGAAAUAUGGUUUAAUGGUGGACAGGAUCACAUGGCUUGAGUUUCUGAACAGAAAAGGGCAGAUACAGCAAGUCUCCGGGUUUUAUGCUCUCUGGCUUUGAACUUCCUGGGGCCCAGAAAGAGUAUCCUGAUUGGUUGUCAGACUUCCAGGGGGUGGGGGUCUUAGCUAGCCUUGCUGGCUGAUGUAAUCUUCCCAGGUGCCAUGUGGUGAGUUUCGUCCUAGAUGGGUCCCAUUGUCUUGCAGAUAAGGUCCAUUGACAAAGAUAGAGUUUCUGCCUCUGGCCCAUUAACAAAAGGGUGGAGGCAGGAAGGUGGGAGCUGCUUUGUCUUUAAAAACAUGCUUCUCCAUUUCUCAUACAGGGAAACAUAAUAUUCUGCCUCUUUAAUAUUUCCCAAAAUAUUUCAUCUCCUAGGAAAGGAUAAUUAUGAAACAUGCUUGGUGCUAAUGUUGAUAACAAGACUUCCUGAAGGUUGAUAACAGUCCAUGCUCUUUUCUUUAGAAAGGAAAUGAAUAGAGGCUAGCUGAUGAUUUUUUUAAAAAGUAGCCCUCAGUGAAUCUCUCAUAAUUUGUGAUAUGAAUUACAUAUCAUAGGAAACUUGGGGAGAAAAGUAUUCUAUUUAUAAGGAUGACACUUGUUUCCUCUUAGCAUCUUACAUAAGGAUCUAUCAGAAACCCAACAUCUGCUAUCUGGGGGGUGGGGGAGGUGGCUGUAGGGAGGGCAAGUUUGUAACGUCUCAGCAGAAAAAAAAUCCACUAAACUUAACCUGCUCAUAGAGUUGCUAUAUAUUAGAGUUAGGAAAUAUGUCACAAGGGCUUUGUAAAUUCAUAGGAAAUUAUCCCACAAAGCAUACUAAAAUCUUUCUAAUGAUUCUUAAUUCUAUUUGAAUGGAAACAAGAGAAGAGGCUUUCACAAUGAAAAUGAUGUUACCUAAAACACUAAUAGUUGUCUCUGCUGGACUUCCCCAACUCUUCUGCAACCCUCUUGAGAAGCAGCAGUAAAAAAGUGGGUUUGAUUUAUAUAUGCUUGGUUAAGCAUCACUGGCACAAACCUCAAGCUGGCAGGAUGGAUCCUUCUAUCUUCAGCCACCACCAUCAUCCCAAGUUACCCAUUUUUCCUUCAUCUUCAUUCUUCAGAUACCAUCUGGCUCUGCCUCAAGUUCCUCUGGAUCAGUUCCUGGAAUAAACAGCUUUGUCAGUCUUACAAUUACAAUUCAUUUUGAAUUAUUAGAAUUUCAUCUUUUUCCUUAUCUAAGAUUACCUGAGUUUCCUGGUCAGAAUAUUAACAUCUCCCCCCACCCCUAUUUUAUUGAUUAAAAAGCUGCUUUUCCUGAGAAAAGGCUACAUUCUUGUCACUGCUCAUUUAUCAGUUAAAAGAUAAAUUAACAUGUAUAUAAAAACUGGUUUGGUACAGUGAUGAGGCAUCAGGUUAGAAACGGAAACUAGUUCUCCUUAAGCACUAAGAUACAAAACUGGGUUACCUUAAAUCAGUUAUUUUCUCAGCCUGGGAAGGAGGCAAUGGCAAAAUCCUUGCCCCCCCCCCCCAAUUGCAGGGACUUGUUCAGGCAGUCACUAGGACUCAGGGCUGACUUGAACCUGCCUCCCCUCCAUUCCAAAAUUUCACAGGAUACUUCAGCAAUUAUCUGUUUUAACAGGUCCCCAUCCAACUCAUUCAAUGUAUGAAAAUUUAACCCAAAAAAUGUCAGGGGGGGUAUUGAUGCUUCCUUGCAACAGUUCUUGGGGCCUAAUAGGAGUUUGCUUCAGCUUGUUUCAAGAGCAAGCAUUCCAUCAUUCUCAUGUUUUAUUGUUAAUAUUCCCCAGUUCCUGCUGUGAAACGUCUGCAGGAUGUCUGAUAAAUUGAUAUCUUUAGCUCAUGAUGGCUUUGUGGGGAGGAAGCAGUUUAGGAAAUGUGUCAUGGUUGUGGUUAUUAGGAGAAUGAUAGAAUUAGUGCUAUAGUAUGAACAGCAUAGUGCCUGGAAAGAAAGAAUAUGAAGAUGUUUAAAGGCCACAGAUCCUUGGAUUUGCUUGUUAUGGUCUGGGCCUUCCUGAUGGGAUUUCUAUUCCUUUGCCAAAGAGGAUGGACCCUCAAUUUGCAUGCAGAUGCCCCCACUGUGUAUUCUGGCCCUACUGGAAGUUAUUUUGGAUUUGCCUUGGACUUCUUCCAGGACAGUAAAGGAAGCAUGAAUGUAGUCGUGGGAGCCCCUCGGGCCAACACAUCGCAGCCUGAUGUAAUAGAAGCAGGUGCUGUAUAUUUGUGCCCUUGGAAACCUAAUGGUAGUAACUGCAUCCCUAUUGAGUUUGAUACUAAAGGUGAUCAAAUGGCUAAACUUGGUAUCGUUACUAUGAAAACCUUCAAGUCUAAACAGUGGUUUGGAGCAUCUGUAAACACCUGGAAACAAAGUAUCGUGGCCUGUGCCCCACUGCAACACUGGAAUGCCAUAGGGAAUAAGGAAGAGACCACUAAAACUCCAGUGGGCAGCUGUUUCUUGGCCACAGGAGACCGUCAGAAAUUCUCUGAAUACUCUCCAUGCCGUAACGUCCAAAUGCACUCUGCUUACAAUUCAAGCUCAGGUGAAAAAGACAAGCGUUACUGUGAAAUUGGAUUCAGCUUCACCAUCUCUCAGUCUGGGAGGCUGAUGCUUGGUGCACCAGGUGGAUAUUACUUCACAGGUUUGUUCUAUUCAGUUGCCCUGUCAAAUGUUGAAGCAAAAUAUCCUGAUUCAUCUUCCGUUUUGUUGUGGUACGUGAAUUCAGAACUGAUAACAGAGGAUUAUAUAACGAAUAAAUAUGAUGAUGGAUACCAAGGUUACUCUGUGGCUUUGGGGGAGUUUAAUGAAGACUCAACGUCACAAGAAUAUGUAGUGGGCAUUCCUAACAUGAGCCUGACACAAGGAGCGGUGGAAAUUCUUACCUGGACCGAUAAAUUCCACAUUCUCUGGACUAUCUCCAGUGAGCAGGUGGCAUCAUAUUUUGGGCAUACAGUGGCAGUUGCUGAUAUCAAUGGAGAUGGGAAAGAUGACCUUUUAGUGGGUGCCCCUCUUUUCAUGGAGCGCCGCUCAGAUUGGAAACUCUAUGAAGUGGGAAGAGUUUACUUAUACCUACAGCGGAGGAGCCCACGCCCUUACAGAACUCCUUGGCAGAAGUUGACUGGCAGAGAUGUCUAUGGCCGUUUCGGCAUGGCUAUUGCUCCUUUGGGUGAUAUAGAUCAGGAUGGCUACAUUGACAUAGCCAUAGGAGCACCCUUUGCGGGCAAAGAUGGAGGUGGCCAGGUUUACAUCUACUGUGGGCACAGUGAAGGACUGAGCGCAUCGCCAAGCCAAAUCCUCAAGAGUCCUUUUUCUGAGUCUGCUGGUUUUGGCUUUGCCAUCCGUGGAGCCUCUGACAUUGAUUUUAAUGGCUAUCCUGAUGUGCUAGUUGGUGCUUUCAGAACCAACAAGGUAGCUGUCUACAGAGCUCAGCCAAUGAUUACACUCAAAGCCCACCUUUCCAUACCUGAUGUGCUUGAUUCAGAGUCGAAAACAUGCCCAGGAGCACAGGCCAGCUGCUUCAACAUCCAGAUGUGUGUACGAAUGUUAGGAAAGAACAUUCCAUCAGAAAUUGAACUAAACACAGAGCUACAGCUGGAUCAUAUGAAGCAGAAAUUUGGGAGGCGGGUUUUAUUGCUGCAAACCAACCAACCAAGCCAGUUAUUCCAACUGAAAUUGUCCAAAAAAAUUCCCCUGACUUGUAAGAAUGUCACGGCUUACUUACGGGAUCAAGCUGAUUUCAAAGACAAACUGAGUGCCAUUGUUGUGAGUCUCAACUUCAGUUUGGCAUCCUUCUCCAGAACUGGAAUUCUGCAGCCUAUUCUGUCUGGCCAAUUGAUGGUCCAGGAACAGACCCGCAUCAUUCUAGAUUGUGGAGAAGACAACAUCUGCAUUCCAGAUCUCAAACUCUCUGCUCACACGAAUGAAGCUUUCCUACUUAUUGGAGCUGAGAAUGUGGUUCUCAUUCAGAUUACAGCAACAAAUGCUGGAGAAGGAGCCUAUGAAACUGAGUUAGUAGCGGAGCUGCCAUUUGGGGCUUACUUCCAAAGAGCUAACAGCAGCACACAGAAACUGAUCUGUAAUUUCCGCAAGACGAAUGAAACCCAAUUGGUGUCUUGUGAAGUGGGCAACCCAAUGAAAUCCCACACAGAGAUCAAAAUGGAUUUGGAACUAAGUAUCAGCCAGUUAGAAGAUGCCAAUAGUAGCAUUGCCUUCGUGCUACAACUCAAGAGUAAGAAUAGCCAGAAACCCAACAGCAAUAUAGAAUGGUUGCAGGUGCCACUCAAGGUUGAUGCACAGGUAGAGCUGUUUGGAAUCUCUAUACCAGCUACAACUGUGCUCCCAUGGACAAUUGAGAACUUUAAGAACAAGAGCAAUGAUGUUGAUGACUAUGGACCAAAAAUAGAGCAUAUCUAUCGGUUGCAGAAUGCAGGCCCUAGCACAGUAUCUGGAGCUGAUCUGCUUGUGUAUUUCCCCAGUCACUUCUGGAAAGGGUCCUUGCUUUACAUCACAAGAGUGAGCACAGAAGGCAACAUCGUUUGUUUAUCUACAAAUGAGACCAACCCUCUAAAGCUAAAUGUCCAGAAGCCCACAAUUGCCCCCAGCAAUUGGCAUUGGCGUGAGAGGCGUGAUGUCAGCUUUUCAACAUUUAAGGAACAUAUUGAAGUGAAUUGUAGCAGCCAACUGUGUGCUGUCAUUCACUGCCAAGUGGGAACAUUGGAGAGGGGCCAUGGAGCUAUGGUGACUAUUCAUUCAGUACUGUGGCUGCCAAGUUUCCAGGAGUUUCCAAAGCAGCUUCUUAUCCAAUCCCGGGCCCAGUUCAUUGCCACAGGGAUGCCUUACAACAUUCAGCCAGAAGUUCUACCCAAUGGGGCUGCCCUGGCUAAAACGCUGGUGGAAUGGGUGAAUCCUGAUGCCGAGAGAGACAUCCCUAUAUGGUGGAUCUUAACAGCUGUGUUGGUGGGACUUUUCCUCCUUGCAGUCUUCAUUAUUGUUCUUUGGAAGACAGGCUUUUUCAAGAGAAAGCGACCACCCACUGAAGAUGAAGAGCAGCUAACUCAUGAUCCUGGAGUUCAGUCAGCUGGAGAGGGGCAAUAGGAUAUUCUAUUCCUUCCAUAUCUAAUCUCAUUAUUGAAUGGAUCCGUUCCUUUCCUGUUCAUAUUUUCAACAGGCAAUUUGUAAAGAAUAUAAUUUUUACUCACUUCCUAGAUGGGCAAGUAAUAUUUUCAUCAGCUCGAUUUCAAAAAUCAGAUCCUGGCUACAAAGCUUUCUUUGUACCCAAGUGGAGUUACCAAUUGCAGAUUCAAAACCUCAUUUAUAAUAAUGCGUUUUGCAACGUUACCCCCCUUCGCAGAGCUGGGGUGGGCGUGGCCUGCAUGUGACGUCUGCAGUCCACUGGCUGCCGGUUUGACACCCUUGCUUUAAAGAAUCCUUCCCAACCUUAAAUGAAAACAUUUUGCUUAUUAAAGGGAGAGUGAGUGAGUAUUUAAAAACGGCCUAAUGUAUUAAAUGCAUAUGAAAACUGUCCAUAUUCCAUCAACAUUCUUGCAACUAAGAAAAUUCUAAUUCUCUUUUAAAUAAUAUUUUUGUAUAGUGUACUUUGUUCCUUUUUAUAUCAUUUUCCUUUAUUAUAUAACUCUGUUCCAGACUGCAAUAUUUCUUAAUAAUUAAGGUAUAAACACUUUUGUAUAAAAUGUGUGGGCUGAGAAACUAUUAACCAUUACUAAUUCACAACCAAUCAGUUCCAAGAUACAAUUCCUUCCCAAUAUUUUUUAAAAAGAGUAAACAUUAAGACUUUUUACAUUAACAA